AAUGAAAGGAGUUGUAGAAGGACAAUGUGGACAGCAGAAUGCUCUUGUCGGGUUAGCUAACACAUUUGGAACAUCCAAUCAAAGAGUCGCUCCGAGUAAUGCUGCAGCUUCUCUUCUCCCAUCUUCUUCUAUGGGAGAACAAAUGGCUAAUGAAUUUUUAAGACAACAAGCGAGAACAAUGGCUCCAACAAGUUUCAGCAUGAAGUCGAUGCAGAAUAAUUUACCACAGGCAUCAGCAUCCUCAAGUUUGGCAGCAAAUUGGACAAAGGAGUUUCAACCGCGACAGAACCAGUUAGCGAGUCAAUGGAGUCAACAAUACACAUCUAGUGCUCCAAGCAUGGAAUCUGCAUGGCGUCAAGUUCAAGCUCCAUCAAUGACAUCCACGUCAUCACAUCAACCAAUAACAGAUGCUGGUAUGUGGUCAUCUGAAUAUCUGGAUACUGUGGAUACUUCUUUAACCAAAUCUUCUGGGACUCAAAACUGGGCUGAUGAUUUUAUGGAGCAACAAGAUAAUUAUGGAAUGGAAAACACUUGGAAAGAUGCACAGGCUUUUGAACAGAGAUGGGAGGAAAUUAAGAGAGAUAUGGAAAAGGACGAAUCUCUUCAAAGUCCUGAAAACUAUGUUUAUCAGGAAGCAAACCCUUUCACAACCAUGUCAGAUCCACUGAUGGAAGGAGACAAUCUAAUGAGAAAUGGAGAUAUUGGAAAUGCCAUGCUUGCCUAUGAAGCAGCAGUUCAAAAAGAUCCUCAGGAUGCACGUGCCUGGUGUAAAUUAGGAUUGGCUCAUGCUGAAAAUGAAAAAGAUCAGUUAGCAAUGCAAGCGUUCCAAAAAUGUUUGCAGAUUGACGCUGGAAACAAGGAGGCACUUCUUGGUUUGUCUGUCAGUCAAGCGAACGAAGGAAUGGAAAAUGAAGCUUUACAUCAAUUGGAUAAAUGGAUGUCUUCUUACUUGGGUUCAAACUCGACUCAAGUGACAACCACACCUCCACUCUACUCUUCAUUUCUGGACAGUGACACUUUUAAUCGAGUUGAGGCUAGAUUCUUGGAUGCUGCUCGGCAACAAGGAGCAACUCCAGAUCCAGAUCUUCAAAAUGCUCUCGGAGUUUUAUACAACUUGAAUCGCAAUUUUGCAAGAGCUGUCGACUCUCUCAAGUUGGCGAUCUCCAAAAAUCCAACUGAUGCUCGUCUCUGGAAUCGUCUUGGUGCUACGUUAGCCAAUGGUGACCACACAGCUGAAGCCAUUUCAGCAUAUCGAGAAGCUUUGAAAUUGUAUCCAACAUAUGUCAGAGCAAGAUACAAUUUGGGAAUAUCUUGUAUGCAAUUAUCAUCUUAUGAUGAAGCUUUGAAACAUUUUUUAUCUGCAUUAGAAUUGCAAAAAGGAGGAAAUGAUGCAUCUGGUAUUUGGACAACUAUGAGAUCAGCAGCAAUCCGAACAUCGAAUGUCCCUGACAAUUUACUGAGAGCAGUGGAAAGACGAGAUUUGGCAGCUGUAAAAGCCUCUCUAGUCUAGAAUAAUUACAAUUUAAAUACUAAAAUAAAUAAUUAUUUU